GAUCUUUCGGGCUCCAUAGACGACCUCCCCACCGGCACCGAGGGGGCUCUGAGUCCAGGGGUCAGCACUUCAGGUGUUUCCAGCAGUCAGGGAGAACAGAGCAACCCGGCCCAGUCUCCCUUCUCUCCGCACACCUCUCCUCACCUGCCGGGCCUCAGAGGACCCUCCCCCUCACCUGUGGGCUCACCUGCCAGCGUCACCCCGUCCCGAACCGGACCCCUCUCCCCCGCUGCUGUGCCAGGUAAUCAGAUGCCUCCACGGCCGCCCAGCGUUCAGUCAGACAGCAUCAUGCACUCCUCUCCCAUGAACCAGUCAGCCAUGGGCCAGGAAAGGGUGUACAUGCGUAACCCUCAGAUGCCUCCGCACGGGUCCCCGGGACAGCCUGGCUCCGCCUUAUCUCCACGCCAGUCUUCUGGAGGCCAGAUGCAUGCUGGGAUGGGACCAUAUCCCCAGAACAACUCCAUGGGAAACUACGGGCCUCAGGGGGUCCAGUACGGUCCGCAAGGUUACCCCCGGCAGCCCGGAUACACAGGCAUGCCCAACGCUAACUACCCCACAGGUCCGGGGCCUGAUAGAAUUAUGAGCGGCUCCAUGAACCCCAUGCCUGGUCAGGGGGGGGGGGCUCCGUACGGAGGCAUCCCACCCGGUAGAUUAGGCCCCGGACAGAUGGGUCCCCGGCCUUUUGGCCCCGGGAUGGCAGCAAACAUGGCCGGCAUGCCUCCUCAGGUGGCGUCUGGGAUGUGUCCGCCUCCAGGCAUGAACAGGAAGGACGGAGGACCCUCGAUGCACCACGGACCAACAAACUCCAUACACAACAGGCCACCUGGAUAUCCGAACAUGUCCCAAGGCAUGAUGGGAACAGGAUCUCCGUACGGGCCGGGUAUGAACAGCAUGCAUGGGAUGAUGAACCAGGGAGGGCCAGGGCCAGGGCCGUAUCCAAUGGGAACAAACAUACCCAACAACAGUCCUGGAAUGCCUCCCAGUACGGAGUUUGCCAUGGAGAAAAUGAACCCUGCUCAGAAGAUCAACAACAAAGUGGAGGGGACUCCCAAGCCCGAAACAACAACAACAACACCAACAACAACAAAAAAGAAGUCGAGCUCUUCCACCCUCACUAACGAAAAGAUCACCCGUCUGUAUGAGCUCGGCCCGGAGCCGGAGAGGAAGAUGUGGGUCGAUCGAUUUCUGGCUUUCGCGGAGGAAAAGGCGAUGGGAAUGAACAACCUUCCUGCUGUGGGACGCAAACCUCUGGACCUCUACAGACUCUACGUGUCCGUCAAAGAGAUCGGAGGCCUCACACAGGUGAACAAGAACAAGAAGUGGAGAGAGCUGUCUACCAACCUGAACGUGGGAACAUCGAGCAGCGCUGCCAGCUCGCUAAAGAAACAGUACAUCCAGUGUUUGUACGCCUUCGAGUGCAAGAUCGAGCGCGGCGAAGACCCGCCAGCGGACUUUUUCAACACCGACUCCAAAAAGAACCCGCCCAAGGCCCAGCCCCCCAGCCCAGCUGGCUCUGGAUCCCUGCAGGGCCCCCAGACUCCUCAGUCCACCAGCAGCUCCAUGGCAGAGGGGGGAGACCUGAAGCCCCCGACCCCCGCCUCCACCCCCCAGCUGCCUCCAAUGCCCGGAGCCAGGAGUAGUGUGAGUCUGCAGGACCCUUUUGCUGACGGAGGAGACCCCGCUUUCUCCAGGAGAAACGCUCUGACCCCCAAUUCACAGGGCUAUCAACCCGGCAUGGGGGGCCCCGAGAUGAUUGCUCGAAUGGGCCCCUACGAAACAAACAAAGACCCCUUUGGUGGUAUGAGGAAAGCUGGAGAGCAGUUCAUGCAGCCGGGGCCCAACAGUGGGAUGGGAGAGCAGUAUAACAGAGGCCCCCCAGGACCAAUGGGGAACAUGCAGAUGGGCCAGAGACAACAGUACCCUUAUGGAUAUGACAGAAG